CUGGUGCCUUUGGAAGAAACCUGUGAUGGAGCUCCUCUACAUAAACUCCUCAUUGCUCUUCAUUUCUCAUAGACCCGGUAACACCACAGAGGAGAAGACAGUCUAUGAGCUUUGUAUAAAAAUGCCUGCUGUCUUGAUCUGGUAUCUGACACUACAGUUCAUAAACAUGUUCCUCGGGAUUCCAGCCAACAUCAUGGUGCUGUGGCUCAUCCAUAAAAACAAAGGAGACUCGUCUACCUCUGAUAUUUUCAUUCUCCAUCUAGCCAUAUUGGAUGUUUUCUUCUGCCUCAUACCACCUCUAGAACUGGCCAACAUAGUCUUCCUGACCACCAGCAGCACUUGGUAUGUUCUGCGUUUCUUCUAUGGCAUAAAGGACUCCUCUCCUCUCUUUUUGUCAUGCAUCUGCCUGGACCGCUACAUGGCUGUGGUCCAUCCCAUAACAUUCACAGAGCUUAAAGACCGCAAGCACAGAGCAGUUCUUGCCAUUUUGGUCUGGCUUGUCAUUUUAGCCUAUGCUGCAGCAAAGUGUGUAGGCAACAUUGUCAACUUCGAGAAGGUGUUCACGGGAAUGAUCCUUGCAGCAUUUGGCUUCAUGGUUUUCUGUAACAUUGCCAUUUUGUGGGCGCUGCGUCAGUCUGGGCCAGGCAGAGAUGAAAUGCAUCCAGUGAAGAAGAGAGCAUUCAAAAUGGUACUGAUUAUCCUGGCCAUUAUUGUGUUCAACUACUUCCCCCCUGUGGCCCUGUUCCCCUUUCAAGAGUACUUCUCUCCUGAUGUUUUCCGUUGCUACAUUCACUAUGUGGCAUUUGGUUUGAUGGACUUCAGCAGCAGCAUUCAGCCCAUGCUCUAUCUGUCCAAAGAGCUGCCCCUGAGACUGAACUGCUGUCAGACCAGUCAAGCAUAG